GAUAAGAAAGUACCAUCAAUUUCCCCUCCAAUUUUUUCUUCUCAAGUUCCACCACCCUACUAAAUCUCAUAUCAGUCACCCAACUCUCAAAAUGAAAAUUGAAGAACUCCCCGAUGAUGCGCAAGCAUCUGCGCCCGCUCCGGUACCAGGUCAAGACUUUGAUCUCCUUGCGCAAGCCAUGUCCUCCGCCUUCCCUGGCUUUGCCCCUUCCAACUCUGACCCCUCCUCCACAACUCCCUCUCUCCCUCCUUCCCUCGCAUCCCUCCGCGAUAAAUCUGGCCCCGAAAUUCUCGCUUCUCUGAACUCUACGCCCCUGUUCAUGACCGAACUCGAAGAAAAUGACGAGCUAGAAGCUUUCAAAGCAUUGGCCUACGAAGGUACACCACUAGAAAUCGCUUCCAAUUUCAAGGAGCAGGGAAAUGAUAGUUUUAAGGAAAAGAGAUUAGCAGACGCAAAGGAAUUCUAUACGAAGGGUGUGAAUAUUUUGUUGGCUGAGGUGAGGAGGAGACAGAGGGGGGAGAAAAGGUCUGGAGAUGUGCCGGAAGAGAAGGAGGAUGAGAUUGUGGAGGAGGUUAAGAUACUCGAGGUAUUGCUUGUGAAUAGGGCGAUGGCGCAUUUGGGACUCAAGAAUUAUAGAAGUUGUGUGAUGGAUUGUGGAGCGGUGCUGAGGAUCAAUAAUAACAAUACAAAGGCGUUUUAUAGGAGCGCGAAAGCCCUACUUGCGUUGGGAAGGAUAAAGGAAGCAGAUGAUGCGUGUGCAAGGGGGUUGGAGUUAGCAGCGGACGAUAAAGCGCUGUUAGCUUUGGCUGGAGAAAUCAUGAAGAAGAAUGAGGAGAUUGAGGCGAAGAGGAAAAAGGAGGUUGAACGGCUGGUGAGGGAAAAGAAUAUAGAAAAGAUAUUAAAAACUUCGCUGGCGGCGAGGGAAAUCACUUUACGAAUGACGGAUAAACCACCAGAAAUGGAGGAUGCGAAGAUUGAAUUAGUGCCCGAUCCAUUGGACCCGAUUAAUUCGACUUUGUCCUUCCCAGCUCUUCUACUAUACCCUCUCGCUGCAGAAUCGGAUUUCAUCAAGUCGUUCAAUGAGAUGGAUACUGUGGGACAACAUUUGGAAUACAUAUUACCACUUCCAUGGGAUGUUAAAGGAGAAUAUAGAGAUGAAAAGGUGGUGGAGUGUUACGUGGAAAAGAAAAAGGGCUCUUUGAUUAAGGUGGGCAGAAAAGUUACACUGUUGAAGGUCUUGAAUGGUGGAGAAGUGGUGGAUGGUGUUGUGAGCAUUUAUGUUGUGCCCAAGCAGAAAGCAGCAGGAUGGAUAGAAGAAUGGAAAAGGAAGAACGUAGUAGCAAAAUAAAUGAUAUCCUUGGUUGAACUUCUUAAAAAGUUCCCUUCUGAUACUUUCAUGAUAUAUCUUAUAUUGUGUGAACGAGGACAUCGACAGAACCAAGUCUCUUAAGUUCGUAUUUGAAGAGCUCAUCGUCGCGGAGACACUGAGUAUCUUAUAUGUCAAUAGUCACGAUUCUCACGCUUUCAAUCACCAUAAGAGAGACAACCUCAGAUACCAAAAUACAUAGCAAUUUAAAUGCAUCAAACCUCA